AUGUCUAAUAAUAAUCUUAAAAAUGAGUCCAUAUCUAUUAGGGGCAAAAAUAUUGAAAGGGGAAGGGGCAAACAAAAGAGUUCUGCUAGCAGCACGAAUGAAACGUUCGAUCAGGAUAAACGCCUGGGAAACAUUUUUAGCAUGAACAUUGCGCAUACAAAUAUGUGUGAAAAGUUAUAUUGGCAUGAAAAAUUAAGAAAUAUGACAGAUUCUGCUAAACUAUCUCCAAAGGGUUCCACAAACAAAUUGGAUAGUCAGACAUUAAACGAGCUCAACAUUCAUGCUUUACGUACAAUAGGUUCAAAAACCCAAAUUCACACAGAUCACAAAAAUUUAAGCAAUACUUCUGGAUCUAAAGAUGCUGAACUCACAGGUUUUCUAAAAGGUACAACUUCCGAACCUAGCACUUCCAAAAGCUUGAAUAGUUGUAGCGAAUCCAGUUUUGAUUUUUCACUUGCUACACUUAAAGACUCUAUUUCAAAUUCAGAAAGUAGAAGUUUUUACGAGAACAUAGGGUAUGAUGAUUCGAUUUCCUUGUCAAGUAGAAGUCAGACAAACCGACUUUUUAAUGCAAAGGCUAUCAAUAUAGCGAUUGAUCCUGAAUCCAAUAUGAACAGUAUUUGGUUAAUGAUCAUGCGAAAAAUUGAACCAUUCUUAGAUGUUUAUAGCUUAUUGAUGAUAAGGCAAACUUGUAGAGCUCUUUACUCUUAUAAAUAUCGUUUACGUUCUCAUGGAGUGCUUUGCUUUAGAGGAUUUGUUGGUUACGAUUCUAAAACCAUAUUCAGCAUGGUAAUGCCGCUCCUGCAUCGCGUUUUAGAAUUGCCAGAUAAUGCUAAAAUACGCUUUGAUUUUACAUCCUGUCUACUAAUAAAAGACAUAUCCAUGGUUCACAUAUUAACGACAGCUGGUAAUAUCACUCAACAAUUGGAAUUUAGACAAUAUGGAAAAAACAUAAAAGAGCUUAUUUUGGAUUUUUGCCAUAACCUUACUGACAAGGGUUUAGAAGUUAUGUUAACAACCAAAUUACCUAACUUACAAAGGUUGAGUUUAGUUUGUUGCAGGAAUCAGAACAUCACAGGAUUGCCUUUUAUGCGUGACUUGUCCACAUACAAUUGGCCAAACUUUACAAAAUUCCGUUGUUCAUUUAGUAACAUUUGGUUAGAACCUAUUCAGGUAAUUGCAGAUUUCAUUAUCCGUUCCGCCACUGCGAUAAGAACUGGAAUUUCAACUGAACACGCUCUGUCACCAGGUUCAGAUCUAGCCAUGCUUGAAUCCCAAGAGUUUGUAAAUUCCCAGAGAUCUGUCUCUGUGAAUAGUUCAUACGAUAAAAGAAAUGACAAACUAGAGGAAUUUGAAAUUUAUGGUUCUUGGGGAAGUAAAAAGUUACUCGAAAAGUUAGGAUUUAGUCUAUAUACAAACGCAUUUGCUAGUGCUCUGAAAAUGAAUAGCGUUAAAUUAUGUUCUAAGCUAACAAAGAAAAUACAAUAUAGUUUUGCUGAUUUAGCCAAUCAGAAAAAUACUAACAGGAACUCUUGCGUCACAUUAUUGAAGGAUAGAGGUAGUGAACUUUUGGUAAAUUGUCCUAUUCUUGUGAAGGAUAGAAAGUAUGGAAAUAUCGGCGUUUGGACAUUACCAAUUUCUUUGGCCAUUGAACAAGACAGCAUGGAACUCUUUCAUCUACUUGUGAAACGUGGAGCUCGUGUAAGUAUCUGGGACUAUCUCAAUAAAUCUCCACUAUAUACGUCAUGUGAAUUAAAUUUAGAGAGGUUUGUAAUUAAAAUGUUGAAAUUUGGCCCUACACCAUAUCCAUAUGAUAAGCAGGACUAUUCGCCAAUAUCAAUAUCCAUUAGGAACGGAAAUGUUAAUUUAGUCAAACUUUUGAUAAAGUCCGGAAUACCUCUUAACAUAAAAUGUCCUCAUAUCAGAGGUUAUAAGUCUCCGCUAUAUAUUGCAUGUGAAACACGCAAUUUUGAAAUUAUCAAAUUGCUUCUAGAAGCGGGAGCAGAUCCUAAUUGGAAAUAUCAUCAUCGCAGCACACCCACACUAAUAGCAUACCAAUAUAACUCAUCUUGGCUUGAAACAUUCCUUGACUAUGGAGCUGGAUCACCCUUGGGUAAAAGGUGGGUUAUAGCGGAUGUGCUCUCAUGUUCGAUUUCUAAGGGUGAUAUCGCAACAAUAUCUCUGUUAGUAGAAAGAUUUCCAAAUAUUUUGAAUUGUGAGCAUGAUAUAUGGUCUAAACCAAUUAUUCAAGCUGCAAAAUUGGGGAAAGAAAAUAUUCUCCAAAUGUUGAUAGAAAAGGGGGCAGAUGUAAAUAAUCAUGAUUCUUAUGGAAUCACAGCUCUUCAUGCUUCAUCUGAAGAGGGUCAUUUGGCCUGCAUGGAAAUAUUGAUUUCAAAUAAAGCUGAUUUAAAUAAACAAGACAAUGGUGGUAGAGAUCCAUUACAUCUAGCUUGUAUGGAAAAUAGAGAAGAAGCCGUUAAGCUCUUGAUUAGCAAGGGUGCUAAUCCCAAUGUUCGGGAAAAAAUAAAUGGAGAAACUCCAUUAAUGUCAUGCAUACGCACAAGAAAUGAAGAUUUGGCGAUCUUAAUAAUAAAUGAAAGCUGUCUAUUGGACUAUAAUAUUUGCGACAAUACUGGCAGGAAUAGCCUGCUAUAUUCAUUAUUUUUCGGUCAAUACCGAGUAUCUGAUUUGUUAACUAAAAAGAUGUCAGAAUCUGCAAAUACUAAUGGCAAACCGUUUGCUUCAGGCAACAUAGCUAAAGAAAAGCACACUGCGCUGAGAUCUGACAAGAAGCUGUUGCGACGCAUUCUAAACUUUUACAAGCCAAAAACAAACGCAGUUAAAUGA